AUGGCUAUUCAAAAAAUCAUUGGAGCUUUUAGUAUUACAGAUUACCUUCUUCUUUUUGUUUUAAUCUUUGCUACGUAUGUUUUUAACUUUUAUUAUAAAUACUUUACUCGUCCCAAUCCACUCCCUGGUCCAUUACCUUUACCAUUCAUCGGAAAUCUUCACAACAUUGCUAACGAUUUAAGAUUAUUUUAUGGUAAAUGUCGAUUAAAAUACGGAGAUAUCUGUGAAAUAAUGUUUGAUGGAAAUAGAUGUAUAAUUCUCACACGACCAGAAUAUAUUGAAAAAUGUGCAUCAAGUUUAAAGAAGUUUACAUAUUCUCAAGGUCUAGAUGAACUUGGAUUUUAUGGACAAGGGGUUAGUGCCAAUGAAGAUUAUGAGAAAUGGAAAUAUAACAAACAGUUCUUUACUCAGGCCAUAUUAGCACCAAGAUUUAUGGAUAAUGUUGCAAAAUCUACAAAUAAAUUGUUUGAAGAAUUGAGCGGAUACUGGCAGUCUCUUGGAAUGCAAAAUGCUUCAAAUAAUAAAAAUAAGGCUAAUUGGACUUUAGAAACCGAUUUUGCUGAAUGGUUUCAUGCAUUUACGAAUGAUGUUAUUUCAAUAAUAGUUACCGGUGAACGUACAUAUUCAAUUGCCUCCUACUAUAACAUGCAAAGUACUGUAAAAUCUGAACAUCCUGAUGCGCUAGUUGAAGAUGGGAAUAAAUUCGUCAAAGCAUUUAUUAAAUAUGUUGAAUGCCUCUUUUUCUUCAUGUUGGUUGGCCCGUUCUUAAGGCUUUAUGUUCCAAUAAUCAAAGAUAAGGCAAAUUCUUACUUAAAAAAUCGUGAUUAUAUACAUGAAAAAUUGGAUCUCAUAAUCAAAAAGAGAAGAGAAGAGAUCGAAAAAAUGCCAGUGGGUACAGAAAUGAAUUCUGAUAUGUUGACUUCCUUAAUCAUUGCAAAUACAGAAAGGGAUAUUGCUAAAAUAAAAGCAGUAGGCGGUGAGACGUUUGAACCUAUGACCGACGAAGAUAUCCGAAGUAAUUUGAUAGAUGCAUUCGCCGGUGGAACUGAUACUACUGCCAACACCUUUUGCUGUGUAAUCUAUUAUCUUUGUAAACAUCCAAAUGUAAAACAAAAAAUGAUUUCAGAAAUUGAUUCUGUCUUUGCUAAAUCUUCUAAUAAGUCUUAUUUGACAAGUAAUGAUCUCUUAAAUCUAAAAUACUGUGAAGCCAUAAUCAAAGAAACUAGUCGUAUGAUUCCAAUAGUAAAUUUUACAGCUCGUUACAUGACUGAAGAGUGUGAAAUUGCAGGAUAUAAAUGGGCUGCUGGUACACUUUUUCACUUAAAUUUUGUAGGAGUACAUGGUCACUCUGAAGUUUGGCCUAAUCCUGAAGUUUUCGAUCCAAAUAGAUUUUAUGAUGUUGUUCAAGAUGAUAAAAUAUUAGAAAACAAAUAUUCCUUGAUAAUCUUUGGUGGUGGUCCACGAAUCUGCCCUGGAAGGAAGCUGGCAAUGGGUGAACUACUUAUAUUGAUGGCAUUGGUUUACAGAUAUUAUAACGUUGAAUUGGUGAAUAUUGAUGAGCCAUUAAAAAUUGUUACCGCAACGGGUAACAAUGUUGAAGAGUUGAAAAUUAGAAUUA